UCACACAGACACAUACAGUUUAUCUUUAUUCUCUCUGGAGACUCUGGUGAUCAGUGAUGGCUUUAGCAAUUAAGAAGACACUAGCUUUCUUAAUGAUCAUAACUGCUUUUCAGGUCUCUUUUGCAACUGUUUACAAGGUGGGUGACUCUGCUGGGUGGACGUUGCCAAGUAUCGGACAAGUCAAUUACACCAAAUGGGCUUCUAACAAGACCUUCCAUGUUGGAGAUGUUCUUGUAUUCACCUACGACAUUCUAUAUCAUAACGUGGAACGAGUAACCCAGAAAAAUUAUGGGUCUUGCAAUGCAACGUCUCCCAUCGCUUCUUACAGCACUGGCAACGACUCUAUCACCCUCAAAAAGAUUGGCCACAAGUAUUUCAUUUGUGGUGUUGAUGAUCACUGUCAAAUGGGUAUGAAAAUUGACAUCAACGUAACUACAAUUUCUCCUGCCGCUCCACCAACAGCAGUCUGAUCUUCACUCUCUGCUCGGCUAUCAUUUUAUCUUGCUUCUUCAUAUACUAGACCUAAAGAUUUCUCAGAGAUAUUUAGUAAUACUGUUUGAAUCUCUACGUGAUUAUGGUUUUAAUUAACUCUUAGUUUAAAGAACAUAAUCUUUAUGUAAACACGGGAAGCUGCUAAGUUUAAUUAAUAGUAAUUAUACUUUACCUUUAAAUCAAAUGGGAUGUUUUCUGGAUCA